CCUGCUGCAUGCUCGGUGCUCAGCCCCAGCCGGAGGUGGAAGAUGGCGGAGCCGGGGCCGGAUUGCAGCUCUCUGCUCGACGAGGAUCUCUCCUCCUUCGUCUUCAGCUACCUAGCUGACAGCCAGUAUGAGGUGUCUGGCGAGGAGCAUCUCUACUCUGACUUCCCCGAGAUCGAUCUGUCCCAGCUGGACGCCGGAGACCUGGACUCUGCCGGCUGCUUCAGCGAGCUGCAGUGGGGCGGGGAGCACUCGGAGACCGACUCCAGCCAGUACAGCACCGACGACUCCGAGCUCUUCCAGAUAAUAGACAGCGAGAACGAAGCGCUGCUGGCAGCCCUCACCGAGACUUUGGAUGAUAUACAGGGAGAUGACAUGGGCCUGGCUGCCUUCCGAACUAUGGAAGAGGGGGACACGCUCAACUCUGCCACCACCUCACCUGCCCCUUCCCCCAAACCCACCGCCCCGGUCACGGGGGGGCCGCCCCCGGCCCCCGAGUGUGAUGAGCUGUCUCUACUGAAGAAGCUGCUCCUCUCUCCGUCGCCUCCGAGCUGCGAGGCCCAGCGGGACGGGAGCGCCCGGCGCCCGGGGACCCCAAAGUCACGGCCCGCACGGCCCUGCACAAAGGUGGAGGGUCCCCGGGACAGGAGGGCGAGCGUCCCGCAGGCACAGAGCCGCAGCUGCACGGAGCUGCACCGGCACCUCACCUCCAGCACCUCCUGCUCCCAGACCAAAGCCCCCCAGGCGCCCGAGGAGUGCCCCGGCAGCGGCCACCACCCGUCCCCGGGCAGCUGCGCCCAUCACGAGGACGACAGUGACUCCAGCGAGGACUCGCUGAGCUCCGGCGACUCGGUGGCCGCCCUGUCCUCGGCGGAGGACGGCACGGGCAGCCAGUUCUCCUGCGAGGGGGAGCUGCACUCGGUGGUGGAGCUGAUCCGCUACAUGCACACCUACUGCCUGCCCCCUCGCAAGCUGCCCCCCGACAGCAAUCCCCAGCCCUGCAGCAGCCCCUUCAAGAGAGCCAGAGCGGACUGUGCCCCCGCUCCGGGCAGCGCCCAGAGCCGGCCGGGCUGCGCCUGGCAGGCAGCCGGCGGCUGCAAGAAGCCCGGAGCAUCCUUCUCCAUCCUGAAGGAGCUGCUGGCGAGGGACCUGCUGUGCGAUGUGAGCAAGCCAUACCGCCUGGGCAAGCCCGUGUACGCUGCCCUGGCACGGCCGCCCGGCUCCUGCUCCCCCGCGCCGCCCGAUGCCGAGGAUGCCGGUGGGACUUGCACGGCCAGAGGGAAAGCAGCGGCAGAGAAGGGCGAGCCCCGGCACAGCCCCGAGGCGGAGGCACCGCGGGAGCUGGGCGGCUUUGAGGACGAUGCUGGGAAGCAGGAGGGCGGCCCCGGAGCAGGGAAGGCGGCCCGCAGGCAGGACAGCGCUGUUUACGCCGUGCGCCGCUCCAAGAGACUCAACCCCGAGCUCGGGCACUGGCUCUCCUUCCUUGACGAGCCGCACCCCGAGUCCUCCGUGGCCCUGGGCUGCAGCGAGGCCGCUCCUCCGCUGCUGGAGGGCUUCUCUGCCGAAGAGCCGGCGGCCGAAGUGGAGGUGGGGGGCACAGCCCCAUCGGUGGAGCCGCAGCCCCUCUGCCUGGGCUCCCUGGGGGAUGGCGAGGUGGGCACUGAGAGCCGGCGCUGUGCCCUCCUGGAGCAAACAGAAACACCCAGGUGUCUCACACUGUCCUUGGCACAAACUGACCCAGCCUUUGGGAAGAGAAACUUUGAGCCAAUGCUGACCGUGGAGCUAUGUGGGACAGCAGGUCUCACACCGCCCACCACUCCACCAUACAAACCCGCCGAGGAGGACCUGUACAAGCCAGACAUCCCCCAGGAGCCAGGGAAGGAGGACGGGAUGUCCCUGAGCCCCGGGGGCGCCGGGGAAGCGGCAGCCUCGCAGAAAGCCCCCAGGAAGCACCCGGAGAGGACGGAGCUGUUCGCCCACCUGAGCCGGGCGGGCGGGCGGGCGCUCCCCGAGCAGCAGGGCCUGCUCAAGAGGCCCUUCUCCCGCUCCUUUGGGGACCACGACUACUGCCAGGUGCUGAAACCCGAGGCUGCCCUGCAGAGGAAGGCGCUCAAGUCGUGGGAGCCCCCGAGCCAGGUGGAGACGGAGCACAAGAGGAGGGUCCCGGCCGCCCACUACCAGGGACUGGAGCUGGGCAAGGACACGGGCGCUGAGCUGCUGUGGAAGGACGGCGUGAAGCAGCUGAGAGACCAGGAGAUCAGAGCCAGCUUAACAAAGCACUUUGGCUUUCUGGACAGUGCCCUCGAUGAGGAGGACAUGGUCUUCUGCAAAACCCCCGAGUAUGACACGGUCUUUGAGGACAGCUGCAGUGAGAGCGGCUCCCCCGUCGAGGAGGAUGAGGAGGAUGAGGAGGAGGAAGAGGAGGAGCAUGGCAACACCGAGCUGUGCCUGAGGAGAAACCCCCUUUCCAGGACCAGUUUGCAUUACUGCUCCCGGAGCAGGUCCAGCUCGGGCUCCUCGUGCUGCCGCUCGCGGUCACCCGCCAGCAGACGCACCUUCAGGUGUGAGAACGGCGAACAGUGUCAGGGUGGAAGUGGGCACCGGGGCCAGCUGAAGAAGAGACGGGAAAAGGCCAUCGGGGAAGGCCGGGUGGUGUACAUCAGAAACCUCUCCAGCAGCAUGAGCUCCAGCGAGCUGAAGAAACGCUUCGAGGUGUUUGGUGAAAUCGUGGAGUGUCAGGUCCUGUCCAGGACUAACAGGGGGGAGAAGUACGGCUUCAUCACGUACCGGUAUUCCGAGCACGCCGCCUUAUCGCUGAAGAACGGCCCCUCGCUAAGGAAGAGGAACGAGCCCUCCUUCCAGCUCAGCUCUGGUGGCCUGGGCCGCUUCUUCUGGACCAGAUACGCUGACCUGGAUUGCGGCACGGACGAGUCCUCCCCGGCUCCGGUGAAAAGCAAGUACGAGACCAUGGAUUUCGACAGCUUGCUGCAGGAGGCCCAGCUCAGCCUGCAUCGGUAACAGCCUUAACCUUGGAGGAAUACCUCAAUACCUCAGUCAAGGCACUUCCAAUAUGUUUACGUUUUCAAAGAAAUUAUUCAGUCUAUGGCAAGCGAGAGAGCGAGAGAGAGCGAGAGCACGCCCGCGAGAGAGAGACUGCUGUCCCCUGAUCGAUGUUUACAUUGAACAAAGCUGCUUCUGUCUGUGAGUCCCCAUGGUGUUGAUGUCUCACUGCCACACGUUAGUCCCCCCUCUGCUUCUGACUGGUUGUUUUAGGGUGAGCCUAGGAGCCCCCCGGCCCCUCUUCCCCCUCCCUGCCCUCCCCACGCUCCCACCGUGGAGUUGCAGCUGUGUUCACCAUAACAUUUUUUUGUCCGUAGUGUGUGAUGAUGAAAUUGUUCAUUGUGAAUAGAAUCAGGAUUAUAAACUAAUUUUUAAUAGAAGAAGAAAAAAAAAAGUAUAUACUUAAAAAAAAAAAAAGAAAUGUAUUUAUGGCUCAGAUGUACUGUAAUUCAGAUUUAUUGUACCGCUUCCUUGAUUUUUAACUAUGCACUGUAAUGAGGCACUUGCCACUCAGCAAAUGGGGGGUCAGAGCAGUCUCAGAGCUGACAUUCCCCUGCUGGCAAACCGGGGUGCUCGGUGCUUGCCCUGGGGUCACCCACUUUGCUGUCAAAGCCAUUCUUUGUGCUGGAGUGGCCCGAGCCCCUCAGUGCUGAGCUGGGUCCCAGUGGGUGAUGGAGCCUGGGCCGGGCGGCUUUGCAGGCUGCAGAGGGUGGGAGAGGGAUGCAGCACCUGCAGCCAGCGCUGCUGCACCCCUGCUGCCUUUGGAGAGAGGGGCUGGGGGCUGCCGGGCCUGAGCCGCUGGGGGAUGGAUGUCUCCAGUCCGUGUGGAGGAGCUGGCUCCUCUCCAGCUCCUUGGAUGGCUGGGAGACUGGCCAGGCCCUGGGGCUUGAUCCUCGCUCGCUUCCACACCCUGCAAAGCAAGCGGGGCGAGAAGACCUGGCUGUGCUCUCUGCUGGGCAGCCAGCCCCAAACUCAUCCCAAAUUCCAGCCCCAAACUCAUCCCAAAUUCCAGCCCCACACACAGCCCAAAGCCCAGCCCCACACACAGCCCAAAUUCCAGCCCCAAAUGCAGAGAGGCUGGGGGGCACAGCACCCACACCGGACCCCCACCCACACCCUGUCCCGUAGCUGAUAAGCCAUACACGCCCCAGCACCCACCCGCAGCCCAGAUCCGUCCCAGCGCCCCGGGGCACAGCUCUGCCUCUGGCCAAGGGCCCUCGGGGCUGGAUUUAAGUGUCAGAUUUACUUGAGGACUUGCCCUCCGUGUGUGAGUGGGGUGAGAUGGGGACACAGCUCUCCCCCAGCCGGAGCAAAGCCCACCACCAGCCGGCCAGAGGCACUGUUUUCCCAAGGGAGCGGGAAUCUUGCUGCGCCUCAAGCCAUUGCCACCUUCUCCUUUUAUUUUUGAGCCCCAGAGACCACUAGGGAUUCAGCCAUCCUCUGUAGAUAGAAUAUUAUAGCCUUAACUCUGCCAAUAGAUAGAUUAGAGUCUCCUGGGGUCUCCCCUCGCCAUGACUUGGGGGUUUUAUCCCCGGUUCCCCGGGCACGUUGCGGGGAGGGCGACCGAAGCCUCGGGAACGGGACGAG